CACACACACACACACACACACACACACACACACACACACCUUCCCUUCCUUCCUGUGUGACCUUGCCUUGCUGCAUGCCCGCAUUUGGGAGUGAGGAUGGCUGGAUGCCUUCUGCCCGACAACAACGCGCGGUGCGGCUGCAGGGUGCACUUGGUUGCCAAGAAGACCCGAAGCAACAGAAACUGAAGAAGACAAGCAAGGACAACCAGGGUUGGCUUCGCGAAGCAUGUGCACAUCCAAAGGCACACAGACAGCCACAUGCAACAGCCAGCGGCCUCACCACAGCAGCAACAGAGAGCACAACCGCGCCAACUACACUCGCCAAGUGAGAGCCAGAAGGGACCUUGCCAUCACAGCCGGUACGAGCAAGAACAGCGAUCCCAACGCACAAGUGCUCUGGGCCAGCCCCCUCAAGCGACUGCCAUGAUCCGCUCGUACAAGCGGUUCAACGAGUUCCUCGACGGGAAGAAGGCACGCGAGGAGAGCCGUAAAGGAAAGCGUCUCUCCGGGUACAAGCUUCAAAGGCAACUCGGACAAGGCGCCUUUGCCAAGGUCGUUCAAGGCCGGCACUCCAUGACUGGAGAUGAUGUCGCGAUCAAGCGGAUCUUGAAGCCGUACUCCAACGAUGCUGCCCGCACCAUCAUGAAUGAAAUCUACCUCAUGGCCAGGCUCAACCACCCAAACCUCGUCUUUCUCUACCAGGUGGUGGACACGCCGGCAGAGACAGCGCUCGUGCUGGAGCUUGGCAAACUUGGCACCUUGAACGAGCAUCUGGAAAGAGGCAUAGACGGUCCUCUAGUCACGAACAUUCUCAGGCAAGUGAUGGAUGGCGUUCGACACAUGCACACUCUUGGCAUUGCUCACCGUGACAUCAAGGCGGAUAACGUGUUCAUGGCCACCCCAACCAGACCGCUGGGCGACGGCGCAGUGCCUGUGCACAUGGCCACCAAAUCAACACUCUGCACACUCAUCUGA